AUGGUCUACUCACUCACCUACCGCCGUCCCUCUCACGUCACCUCCUCCCGCGACUCUCUCAAUGGCGACGAGAAGCAAAGAUCCGUCAACGAGUCGAUCCAGUCUGGCAGCUCUCACAUGAGCAGCGGCAUUCCCGAUGCCCUGUCCUUCGAUCGUAUCAUCUCUGGCGGCACCUGUCCUCCUGUCACAGUGAGGGAGUUCAUGAACUACCUCAAGUACAUCGAGUACUCGGCCGAGAACCUCCAGUUCUUCCUCUGGUACCGAGACUAUUCAUCACGAUGGGACAGCCUACCCGCCAGCGACAAGGCAUUGGCACCCGAGUGGAGUGCAUCAGCCGCAGACGCCGAUAUCUACGGCGCUUCACCCGUCAGACCAAAGCGUGUGCCGCCGCAAAUUGCAGAGGUUCUGAAAAACACCGACUUCGCAGACGCACCAAAGGUCACCGUCGACCGUGCCGACCCAUUCAACACCCCACCAAAGGCCGAAUCUUUCGACGACAAGCGGGACCUUGCCUCUGACUACGGCUCCUCUGUGGGCGACGACAAGACCCUGUUGAGCAGCACCGCCAGUUCCCAUCGAGUAGUAACCGAGCAAGCCUUUGAUGAUGCUGGUAUGAAAUGGAAGCCCUUCUCGAACCAGCCAUACAGAGAUGAGAUUUCUCGAAUCAUCAGCAUCUACAUCGCUGAAGGCAGCCCUCGUGAGCUGAACCUCUCAUCCCGGGAGCGACAGUCUGUGCUGCACGCUCUUCAGCAUACCACGCAUCCCACCGCAUUCAGGACGAUCAUCACCACCGUCGAGUACUCUCUCCGCAGACAAGCACACCCCAACUUCAUCCGCUGGACCAUCUGCAACGGCAAUCGACCUCGUGUCAUCUUUGCCCGCGGAUUGGGCGUCAGCUUGAUUCUCUUUGGCUUCCUGGCCGAUCUGCUCAUCACCCUCAGUCAUGCAGGCCGCGGGUGGCGAGUGCUCCCGAUCGUCGGCUGGUUCGUUGGUAUCGCAACGCUGGUCGCCGCCUGGAAGGGUAUGUGCGUGGUUCUGCAUGGUCUGCAUCACCGACACUUGAGGCCUUGGGAGCUGUUCUCGGACUCUUCAGAGGAAGCUGCCGACGAGAAGGGAAUGUCUGUCGACUCGUUCCUUUCCGGCACUCGCAACUCGUUCGAGGAGGAGCCGUGGGUGCCACGUUAUAAGAAACGUAACAUCAUCCGGAAAGUCUUUGACCGCGAGAUCUGGAUCCAAGAGCCGGCUCUUCGUCAAAUCCAAGAUACCAUCUUCCUGCAAUCCGUCCUGGCAUCGUUCGUCGUCUCCUGCGUCGUGGUCGGCAUUUUCUGCGCGGUUCCACAUGGCAACCUGUACUAG